AUGGGGGAUAGGCCAUGGCAACAGCCGCAUGAGCAGGCUUCUUGUUCAGCCCACGCCGAGAUGAUCCAAGCUUCUACCGCUGCUACCUCGUCCAUCCAUGGAAGCAUCAUCAGAAAGGACCCUGGCGGAUACGAGGACUUGGCAGAACUUGAUCAAGCCCUCUUCCUCUACAUCAACAGCCAGGACCAACAAUCAGUUCAAGAACAACCACAAACUCUCAACAUCUUCCCUUCUCGGCCGAUGCACGUCGUCGCCGAGCCUUCCCCGAAGGCCGCCACCUCGACGUCGAACAUCAUCGCCGCGAGUUCUAAUUUAAAGCCGCAACGUCCGCCGUCCAAGCAGUCCGCCAUGACGGCACCGGGCGGCAAGGCAGCCGUCAAGAGGGAAGGAAGCGGAAGCGGCGGCGCUGGCACGCCGUCGACGUCAGAGCACGAGGGCCCCAGGACGCCGGACGCCAAGACACUGAGGAGGCUCGCGCAGAACAGGGAGGCCGCGAGGAAGAGCAGGCUUAGGAAGAAGGCUUACAUUCAAAAUUUGGAGACGAGUAGGGUCAGGCUGUCACAUAUGGAGCAGGAGAUGCAAAGAUGCAGCGCUCAGAAGGGUGCAAUCUUGGGUGGUGGAGCUGGCAUUGGAGGACUAAGCCCAGAGGCGGCAUGGUUCGACGGGGAGUACGCGAGGUGGGUGGACGAGCACGACAGGAUGAUGCGGCACCUGCGGGCAGCGGUGGACGCGGAGGGGGUGGAGCACGACGCGGCGGCGACGGACGGCGAACAGCUGCUGCGGCAGCUCAUCGACGCCGCGGCGGCGCACCACGUGGUGCUGGCGGAGCUCAAGUCCGCCGUGGCCAGGGCCGACGUGUUCCACCUCGUCUCCGGGAUGUGGCUGCCCGCCGCCGAGCGCUGCUUCAUCUGGAUUGGCGGCUCCCGCCCCUCGGACCUCAUCAAGGUUAUUGCGCGGCAUAUGGAGCCACUCACGGAGCAACAGGCGGCGGGCAUGUACGACGUGCAGCGAUGGGCGCAGGAGCGCGAGGAGGCUCUGGACCGUGAGCUCCAGGCCACGUACCGCUCCCUCUCCGACACCGUCUCCUCCGACGCGCUCAUCUCCCCCUACCCCGACACGGCCGCCUACAUGGCCCACAUGUCGCUCGCCAUCUCCAACCUCUCCUCCCUCGAAGCCUUCGUCAGACAGGCAGACGCGUUGAGGCUGCAGACGCUGCACAGGCUGCCGCAGGUGCUGACGGCGCGGCAGGCGGCGCGGUGCUUCCUCGCCGUCGCCGACUACUCCCAGCGCCUCCGCGCGCUCAGCUCCCUCUGGCUGGCGCGGCCGCGGCAGGACCAGCCCAACCCGCCCGGCGCGGGUGCCCGGUUGUUCCAUCCAUAA